AUGCUUCAAUUGAAUUCCAGUAGUCGGCGUCUAGGCCAGGGCCCGAAGACGCCCGAACCUUCUACCCCUGGCGAGGACGAGUUAAAAUUGCCAUCCCCGCCACGGCCCCGAUUGAAGCUAAAGAGACGACAUGUGUCUAAUCACCUAAACGCGCCAACCCAGCAAUUUCUGGCUUCUGUUGCGGCGGCAGAUGUGCCGGUUCCAAGUAUCGAGGUAGAGGAACCCGACAGCAUGGAAAUCUAUGAGCACUUACAUGCGCCAACUUUUUCGCCUCCAAAAACUCCCGCAAUAGAGUUCGCGCCGCCUUCCGAAACAAAGUUCCCCGACUGGUCUGUUGGGUCCGAGUGGAGCUACUCGGAUGUCGAGUCAAGUCCUGAGUACGAGUCUAGUAGGCCGUCAACGGCAUUUUCAACUCAGACCAGCGCUUCACUAUUCAGCCAAUUCUCUCAUGCCUCCGAGGAUGGCAAUUAUAUGACCCCAGAGCUUAAAGCUCUAGAAUUUCCUAAGCUUGAGUCUGAUACUGAUGUGAAUGUACCGCACAAAGAGAGGUCACGAAAAGCACCGUGGACUAAAGCUAUGGAUUCACACCUAUGGUCGACUUAUAUGUUGUACCUACAAGACCCGCGAGUAACACCAAUACGUCUAGGUAGGAGCCAUAUUCCUCCUAAUGGGGUUUGCUUGCGCGUUGCACGGGAAGCCAAAAGAAGUUGGAAAGGUUCUAAAGGGCACCUAACCGUGGAUAUGAAAAGUGGAAGCAGUACCCCUACAGCAGAGCCUACUAAACCAUAUAUUGAGUGGCCCCAUAGCUGUGCCGCUACCCGAGCUCAUCUACGUGAGCUGUGUAGGAUCAAGGCCACGGCUAGUCCAGGACGGUACAUGUCCCGAAGUCCUACACCCUUUCACAAGACCGCUCAUCGCCGCUGGAACCGAAAAUCUACCCCAGCUCAGUCAUCUGAAGCAUUUUCAGCCCGUGACAUGGCCUUUUCUUUGGCAGUUAGCACUUCGGAUUCCAUGAAGCCUGAUGCGCCUCUUGCUCAACUCAUGAGUUCCGAUAGCGAACCCUUCCCUGAAUUUGCCAAGGAUGCCGAGCCCGUCCUUAGACAAGCACUCCCGUCUUCGGAGCUUCCCCGUCUCCCAUCUUCGGUCGUUGCCAAGAGUUACGGCCCCAGCUCAUCCUCGUCUUUUCCUGCCGAUAUAACACCGCCACAGCAGUCAAAUUCCCUGGGAUAUCGAAAGGUUCUUAAAUCUCCUGUUCGUCUGACCAGGUCACGCUCAGGGACCCAGAAACGGAGGUCGGUUAAGGAGGUUGACGACCUACCGCGGAAGCGACCAAGCCUAGCAGCUGCUUUCUGGAAAGAAGUUUCGCAAAGUGAUGAUAUAUUUACAAAAGAGACUCGUGGAGAAUCUUCCAAUUCGUCAGGUUUACAUGCCGGUACAUCUGGAUCUUUUGUCGUCUCAGCUGCAGCGCCUCAAGAUCCAUUUAUGCAGCCACGCCGCCUAGGAUCCCCCUUCUCUGGCGCAGGUUCAAGCUACAGUUUCCCUAAUAGACUAUCAGCACCAAUUAAUUUAAAUUUAACAGCUUUGCGCCGACCGUUUGCGACUGUACAGCAGCCAAUUCGCGAGCGCUCACCAGCACGAUCGCCAUCUAGACCGUCUUUGGCGUCUCGGUUGGCUUAUCUCGACCAACGAUUGAGGGAAUUGCGAAACCGCAGACGUUCUCAAUCACCUCCAGUAUGA